GACAAGCACCGGGGAUAGCCCAGGUCCGCAGAGCAGCCGAGCUUUGAGCCCGGGCUGCAGGUGCAUCCUUUUGACUAGGCCCACCGCGAAGCUGUCUGCUUCCUCCACUUUGUCCCGGCCGGCCGUCGCCCUGUGACAGGCGCUCCGCAAGAUGAAUCUCAACUUCACCUCCCCUCUCCAUCCGGCAUCUUCUCAAAGGCCCACGUCGUUUUUCAUUGAGGACAUUCUGCUACACAAGCCCAAGCCGCUGAGGGAGGUGGCCCCUGACCACUUCGCCAGUUCUCUGGCCUCCAGGGUGCCUUUGCUAGACUAUGGCUACCCCCUAAUGCCCACACCCACCCUCCUCACCCCUCAUGCCCAUCACCCUCUGCAUAAGGGGGAUCACCACCAUCCUUAUUUCCUGACCACCUCAGGGGUGCCGGUCCCGGCGCUGUUCCCGCACCCGCAGCACGCCGAGCUGCCGGGCAAGCAUUGCCGCCGCCGCAAGGCCCGCACGGUCUUUUCUGACUCGCAGCUCUCCGGCCUGGAGAAGAGGUUCGAAAUCCAGCGUUACCUGUCGACCCCAGAGCGCGUGGAGCUGGCCACGGCCCUCAGCCUCUCCGAGACUCAGGUGAAAACGUGGUUCCAGAACCGGCGGAUGAAGCACAAAAAACAGCUGAGAAAAAGCCAGGACGAACCCAAAGCCGCCGAUGGGCCCGAGAGCCCCGAGGGCAGCCCGCGCGUCCCGGAGGCCUCCGCCGCCGCCGAUGCUCGGCUGAGCCUGCCCGCCGGCGCCUUCGUGCUCGCCGAACCCGAGGACGAGGUGGACAUUGGGGAGGAAGGCGAGCUCAGCUCGGGGCCGCACGUGCUCUGAGUGGCCAGGCUGGGGCCGGGGUUGGGGUGGGGGACCCGGGGGGAGGAGGCCGCGGAGCCAGGCGCCGUCCCUCCCGGGCGGGGAGGCUCUCCGAGAG